CACUCUUCUUUCCACUGAAUUCCUCUCUUUUGCAAAGACACGAGAAUUAAUGGCAAUUUGGUUGUGGUCAUGCGUAACUCCAUCCAAAACAGCCAAACUCAUCCGAUUUGAUGGCGGCGUUGAGAGAAUCAAAGUUAAAGUGGGAAUGAAGGUUGCAGAAUUAAUGCUCGACAAUCCCAAUCAAUUUGUCUGCAAUUUGGGUAGUCUGCAAGCAGGGCAUCGUAUUUUAGCGCUCCCUGCGGAAGAAGAAAUAGAGUGGGGAAAUACAUACGUUCUUCUCCCCAUGCAAAAAUUGCGCUGUGUGCUGAGUGAGGCGGACAUGGGUAGAAUUCAACAAUUGAAGAACAAAUCGAAUGCAAUCUCCUCCUCCCACUCCAAAAUCGUUCCACUCUCUGAGGAGGACUUUGUGGCGGAGAAAUCGUCGUUGGCAAAACUGGUGGCGAAUGAGGAAGAAAUAGAGAAGAUGAAGAUGAGAAUAGGCGGGCAGAGAUGCUGGAAACCUUCCUUGCAUACAAUUGAAGAGACUCGCAGCUUAAAAUUCACAGAAAACGCUCCAAAACUACCAAUUUUGACUUGCAGAUUGAGAUAACGCCAUUGAAUUUGUUUACACCUAUCAUUUUUAUUUAUUUAAUUUUUUUUAUCAAAAGAGCAAUAAUAAUUCGCGUGGCC